UAUCUGAUUGGUCUAGCAAAUUUUGCACUUUGAUAGAUUGAAACGUGUUCACGCAUUCUAUGUGCAAAUGCCUUUGUUUGUUUAUGCUAUCUUAUCAUAUUAGUAAACUUUCAAGUAUCAGGACAUAUAUAUAAGAGUGGAAAAUUACGAAAAAAAAGAUAUUGCCUCGUCGUCGGUUGUAAGACACAAUGACUCGUGUGGCUGUGGUAACAGGUGGGAACAAAGGUAUCGGUUUUGCCAUUGUCAAAGCCCUUUGUCAAAAAUAUGAUGGAAAUGUUUAUUUAACGGCUCGCGAUAUCACUCGCGGGUUGAAUGCCGUUAGUGAGUUGGAAAAGCAAAAUUUGAAACCAAAAUUCCAUCAAUUGGAUGUCAAUGAUGAUGACAGUGUCAUGAAAUUCCGAGAUUACUUGAAGAAUACAUAUGGUGGUGUGGAUAUAUUAAUUAACAAUGCUGCCAUAGCAUUUAAAAAUGCUGCUACAGAACCUUUUGGGUUUCAAGCUGAAGAAACAAUACGAGUAAAUUAUUUCAGCUUACGUAGAGUGUGUACUGCACUUUAUCCAUUACUUAGACCACAUGCCCGAGUGGUUCAUGUUUCUAGUAGUGCUGGACGUCUUUGCAAAAUCACUGGUGACGCAUUAAAACAGAAAUUAUCUAAUCCAAAUCUAACUGAAGAAGAAUUAGAUAACAUUAUGCAUGAAUUUGUCAAUGCUGCAAAAUCUAAUACUCAUAUACGAGCUGGUUGGUCAAUUUCAACAAAUGUAGCAAGUAAAAUCGAAGUACCUUUAGCAUAUGUAGCAAGUAAAAUUGGAGUAUCUGCUUUAGCUGGUAUUCAUCAGUCUAUGUUUAAUAAGGAUUCUCGAAAGGAUAUUGCAGUGAACGCAGUACAUCCUGGUUAUGUAGAUACAGAUAUGACUAGCCAUACAGGACCUUUGACACCAGAUCAAGGAGCCAUAGCGCCUGUUUAUUGCGCUUUAUUGCCAGAAAAUACAGAGAUAAAGGGAAAAUAUAUCUGGUAUGAUGCAACUUUAUCAGAUUGGAAAUAAGAUAAUGUAUAAAUCCUGAUGGUGCUAAUUAUUUUCAUAAGUACAACACAAAUAAACGUAAAUUUUACCAUUAUUAUAUUAAA